AUGGCCAUGGGCAUCAUCACCAUCAUUCACGCCGUUCUGGCAGUCUUUCUCAUCAUCGAGUUGGGCCUCACCGCAUACCUCGUCGAUGCUACUAGUACUUGGUGGUCUGACUCGCCUGCUUCGGUGUCAUUCCUGCUCUUCUGCGUCGUUUGGUCCAUCCUCAUACUCCUCUACCUCGCUUUGACGCCUCUCUUCGCUCCUCGCUUGUACCACAGCAUGGUCGCUCUCGGUGUUCUCGCCCUUACCACGUUGUUCUGGUUCGCCGGCGCUACCGCUCUCGCUGCUCACAUCGGUGUUCCUAAAUGCCACGGCAUCACAGUCUGCCAAUGCGCUCAGGCCGCCGUUGCUUUUGGUUACUUCAUUUGGGCCAUCUUCACUGGCUUGACCAUCAUGGAGGCUCUUGCUUUCAUGCGAUCGCGCGGUCACUCUGCUCACGCCGAUACCAAGCCCGGUCACCACUCUGGUGUCUAA